CAGCGGGACAGUGUAUUCUUCCCAGCUGCGUUGUUGUAGGCACGUUAUUGCAAGCAUGGCCGGGGACACUGAAACACAUCUGAGUGACUAUGCCGAAAAUAACAACGUUAUCCGACAACCAUUCCUUAUCGGUGUGUCCGGAGGCACUGCCAGUGGCAAGUCGUCGGUGUGUGAGAAGAUCAUGGAGCUUUUGGGCCAGAACGAAAUCGACCACCACCAGCGACAGGUAGCCAUCCUCAGCCAGGACAGUUUCUACAGAGAGCUGACUCCAGAACAGAAGGCAAAAGCACUUAAGGGCCAGUUCAACUUCGAUCAUCCAGAUGCCUUUGACAAUGAGCUGGUCAUGAAGACUUUGUGGCAGAUUAUGCAGGGGAAGACCGUACAGAUCCCUGUGUACGACUUUUUCACCCAUUCCAGGAAGGAUGAGUUUGUGACUGUGUACCCGGCUGACGUGGUGCUUUUUGAGGGCAUCCUGAUGUUCUACUCCCAGGAGAUAAGAGACCUGUUCCAGAUGAAACUGUUUGUAGACACGGAUGCAGACACGCGGCUCUCACGCAGAGUGCUAAGAGACAUAGGUGAACGGGGCAGGGACCUUGAGCAGGUUCUUACUCAAUACAUUACAUUUGUCAAACCUGCCUUUGAGGAGUUCUGUCUUCCAACUAAGAAGUAUGCUGACGUGAUCAUCCCUCGUGGAGCAGAUAACUUGGUGGCAAUAAACCUGAUAGUACAGCACAUCCAGGACAUUCUGAACGGCGGACUGACCAAGCGGCACAACGGUUGCAUGAACGGGCACAGCACGCCCGCCCGGCAACGACGGACCUCAGAGUCCAGCAGUCGCCCUCAUUGACCUCCUUUGUAUUGGAGGCAGAGUGUGAUUUAGAUCUGUACAUAAUUCCCAAUGGCAUUGCCGUAUUUAAGAUGGAGGAAGGCUACGUCCUGAUUCUCUACCCUGUUACCAGAGUGUGCACUUGCACACUUCUGGUCCUUGUAGGAGAAGUGUAGAGAAUUGGGACACAGCCAAAGAGUAACUACAAUGCUUAUUAUUAUUAUUAUUAUUACUACUGUUAUUACAGGUACUUUUAUUGUAAUUGUUGGAUUUGGUUCAAGUGGGGAGAGAGAACCUCUGGUUUUUGCAAUGAGAUCAUGUGUUAAUAAUUACCCCCUUUUUUUUGUUUUCAUCCGUUUAUUUCAAAUUUGUAUUUCAUAUCGUUUGCUUUUUGACAGAUUGAAUAAAAUGGGGGAACUGGUGUUGUCCAAUGAGAAUUAAACCCUAAAAUCACA